UUACUACAUACCUACUCCGUACCACGAUGAUGAACUGCGAGACACGGUGAUGGUAGGCGAAGAUCGUUAGUUAGUUAGCAAGUCGGAUCUUAGUCAACAACGUAUGUCGGCUUCAAAAUGCUCCCACGUUGGUCUACACACUGCGCAGUACUGCUGCCCAAAACGCUAGCCCACCGCCGUUUCUCCAGUCCGGUCCAUUAUUCCAGUACUUGGGCUUGUUCUGCAAGUCCAAUCGUGAGUUUUGCUGCCUUGCUACUUUGGUGUUGGGUGUUGGCUACUGGACGUUGACUAUUGGGCUGCUGGCUGUUGGUUCGUAUUAUUGUAUCAAGGUUCCAAGUUACAACAACUUACCUACGGUGCUGACAGAGGGCAGUGGGC